AUGCGCAGGAACGGACGGCAGGAUCGUCCUUUCUCUGUGACUCUGCGUUGUGGUUCCUGGCUCCUUCCUGCUGCUCGAAUUCUGCACUUUUCAAAAUUCGUCGCCGUCGUUUGGACCGUCGAACCGUCGUAUAUUCGAUAUCGUCGAUAUCUCUUCCAGUCGUCGUCUCUUCUUGAUGCUGCUUCGUCGUUCAAGCUAUCCCAACGUCUGUUCACUCAUCCUCCGGUCUUUCGUGUCCUUCUCCACAAGAAACAGAAAGAACAGCCAACUGUACCAAUGUCGUCGUCGUUGCUCAAACGCUCUCCCGCUGUGGAACGAACAGUAGGGCUGUUUGAUGUCGGCCGUGGAAACUGUCGCAGGAGGGAUCGCUUCACAAGCGGAGUGGCGCAGGAUAUAUCGAUAAACAGUGACCUUGCGAAGCGGUUCCUGUUACAGAUACAGGAUUUGAGGAUUCCGCCGGUGCUUCAUCCGUCGUUUUGUGGAGGGUCUUGGGUCUUGAGUCUCGCACCAACGACGAAAAAGGCGGAAAAAAGAAAAUCUAGACACGGCACGACACGACACGAGAUCCCUCUCCAACAAUCCGUCCCCAGCCCGUCAAUAUAUGACGACGGCCUGCCUCGCACACAGCUACCACCUGACUUCGAUGGCGUUCAGCCUGGCAGCCGGGCUCGCCUUUGUCCUGACGGCGACACUGGACUCCAUCAAUCUUGGAUCCGGGUGACGCACUCUAAACCUCCAGGACCCAUCAAGCCAUCCUGGUUGUCCUUGCUCGCCGAGGCCACCAAAAACCAGGAGUAUAGACGUAUUUCUUCUGAGCAUAUCAUGACUUUCAAAGUCGUCGUUUUGAAAAACGCGUACAGCCAGUAUCGGAAAGAGGGUAUAACAGAGGAAGGUGCAGCAGAGGAAGGUGUAGGAGACCAAGGCGGGACGCGCCUUCCAUUCUCCAGAAAUUUCCGGAAUAAUAGUGGCUCCGGGCCAGAAGUGGCUGCUGCGGCGGGUUCAGACCGGGUUGUCCGCGUCGGCAGACACCAAUUUACGCCUUGUUGUCAAGUUGUCAAGCCCGUCUUGCCCAAUGGCACAUUGCGGCGCAACUGCGAAAAAAGGAUUUUGUGGCCCUCCAGCUCCGAGCAAUCCUUCUCAUGCCCUCCCUACGAUGUGGGCAUUCCCAUUCAACAAAAAGCCUGGACUCUGGAGCAGCUGCUCGACUAUUGCUUCGUAAGCAGCAGUGUGUUGCGCCGACUGUCCCCAGCAAACUUCCAACGGGCGAGCGGUGCCCCCGGAUUGUCAAUUGGUCUCGAGCCACCUAAUCGCGAGGCCAUUGUCUUGUGUCUUCGCGAUGAUCAAGCGGCUACCGUCGCACCUCUUCUGUCUCAUAUGAUUCCUGGAAGUGAAAUACUUUCCCUUCGUGUUGCAUCCGCCAACCCAACCGACCCAAGACAUGCCAAUAUCACCAGGCAAAUAAGCAUCAAUAGGGAAUGCCGAUCUACGAGGCAGCCAAAUUCGGAUGCUCAUAGGUUCAAUCGAUCCAUCUUUGGAACGGCAGAUUGGACUACUGUUGAAGAGUUCAGGUUUGGAAAGCGGGGCGCCAAUACCACCAAUCUCUUUACCAGCUUACAAACAAACAACCACGGUUGCGUUCCCGACAGAGCCGCCUUUCGCAAUGUCCUCCUUGAAUGCAUUGCCUUUUGCUUUUGCGGAACAUGGGCCAAUUCUACAAAGAUAGCCUCAGCGAUGCUUGCGGGUAUUGGGACAUCCAUCGUUCAGACUUUUGACGUUCCUUUGCCUGGCACUCACACAGACCUGUUGUACCCUGCACAAAUCAGACUGUUGGACGUGUUGUGCCAUUGGCCCCCAGCCAAGAGAUUCAAUCGACCUCAGCUCUCUAAUUGUCUAACAGUCUUGAGGUUCAUCACAGAACAUGAUGACAUGGAAGAGCUCAACCGGGGGAAAGUAUCCGGCCACGCAGGUCCAUGGAAAAUGAUUCAUCUGGCAAUUUCCUUCCAGUCAGGGGGAUUUCACGAACCUGGGGAUGACUUGUCUUACUCAAGAUGUCGUAUCGGUGGCUGGCAACAAGUAUCGACGAGACAUACCAAACAUAUUUCAGCCAGCCCCCGUCUCUUUUUGUGCAACCGCGCCUGUGGAGGUGCACUACGGGAUCCCAAUCUGUUACGAAAUCGUUGGAUUGGUUCUGACGACGUCGAAACAUACAUCUUGAUUUGGCAGUACCACGCCAAACCUCGGCGAAAGUGGUCGAACCACAUGCUCGCAUGCUCAGCCGAGAUGAGCGGUGCGGCAUUCAUCUCUAUACAUCAACACAAACAGGAAGGCUUUGCUCCUUCGGAGGUACCGUGGCACGCGCGGCUUCCGACAUCGAUCCAUGACGAAGUUGUCGCAAUGUCUGUUCGCUCGCCGUUUCUCCGGGGGCAUGGUCAUAGCAGACAGAGUGCCAGCACCAGUUACAGGUGGUCAAGUAAGAAGAGAGUGUGGUUCCCUCCCAUCCGGCGACUAUCAACUACAAGCAACAUGCAUACCUAUCGGAGCAGAGAGGCCCACGAAAGUCUGCUGCUUUUGCCGAUCUAUGGUCCACUGGUUGACGACGCAACCCGGAAUGCUAUGCGAUGGGAAGGCGGAAUAUUGGAUGUGGCCGAGGCAUAUUUGGUGAGUUUGAGAAGACGUUCAUCUGUUGAUGCCUGGUAUGCGAACGUGGUCCAGAUUGGUAUGGCGAAUCUAGUUUUUGACCUCUUACCAAUGAAGAUAACGGGGCUAUCGAUCUCGAGGCCCUACAGUACUUCUCGGUAUGUAUCCGUAGAUGAGCACGCCGAGGAGGUGAAGUGGUGGGAUGGGAUGGCCGUUUCACAUACCGCUAGCCUACGGCGGUGGGCCGAGGCGAUACAUGUGCAACGGACCCAUCAGGGAAAUGCAAUGUUGCGUUGCACGAGCGCAAGAUGUAUACCUUUUGAGUGGACGAGGUUGAAGUUGAAAACGCAAGACCUCAAGCUGAGGUCCAUUCCCCUCCGCUCUCCCCUCCUCUCCCGGCCCAGUUCCGGCGUCCACUGUGGAUCUAAACAGGGUCUCCAGGGCUGGAUGCGGAUAGGGAUGUUGCAUCACUGCAUCAUCAUCCCUGUCGUCAGCAUCCAUCAGCAUGAGCGCGACCUCUUUUCAAGCCAGAAGCGGGAGAUCAAUGCCCUGGUACCUUGCCAUGGACUGGUGUCAUCGGGCAACGAGCUGGCCAGCUGCAAGACCAAGUAUCUUAGGUACCUGCCAUCCCUCUGGCAGGCGUGGAGUUACAUCCAUCCGUUAAUUCUAGGUAGGUGCCUUAAUCAAGCCCAAUCCAUUUCGCAACACCUCCAUUUUCCAUUCAUCCAUCUCCUGGAUAUUUCCUCUUCCUUCCUGGCUUCUCAAACCUCCUCAUCCUCUUCCACCUUUAUGCUCAUCGUCCCCGAUUCCCGUCCCUCCAUUCCACCUUGCGACACCCGCGACGCCGAGCAGGGAAACGGUACCUCGGCCACUCGUUCCGACUCAGAAAAGUCGCCGGACGUUUCCUCCCCGCCCAAUCACCUCGCGGUAGAGACAGAGCAGAGACUAAAACCACGUCCCAUUCCCAUUCUCGCCAGCGACAUACCAACGAACGCCAGCCCAAUCCUCAGCUCGUGGCGCUUCACUUCUCGCCCUUUUUCGCCCUUGGUGUCUUGUUACACACCACUUACUGACCCAACUUGUCUACACGCCUACCGCGUGCUGCGAGACACGCAGCGCCUCAUUUGUUCCUAG